GUUGUUAAUGCAGUUGAGCGUCUCUUGUGGCAAUUAGUGAACGAGCGUGGGAAUUUCGGCGAUUCAGAAAAUGGGCCCUUCCUUCCUUUGAUUUUGCACAAGGAUAAAAGCAAGGAUGUUGUGGAGAACUUCUAUCGUGAUGUCGCGAAGGCGAACGCACGUGCAAUACGAGGCCGAGAGGCCUCGUCCAACAAGACGGCGAAUGGAUACGUCGAAGAUGAAGCAGAGGAGCAGGCGGAGCAUAUUUCUCUCAAUACUUCUACAG